UAAAAAUAUUUAGCUUUGUACAUUAAACAAAAUAUGAGCAUUAAAAUUAAUAGCAUAAAAAAUUAAAAUACUUUCCAAUGAAUAUAGCCAAAUUGCAAGAAAUAAAAUUAAAACUACAUCGAAUUUGUAUUCCGAAUAAAGCAUCAUUUUUAGCUUCCAUUAAGAAUUGAAAUGAAACUUAUAGAUCUUCAUUGUAAAAGCUUCUGAUCUAAGUGAACAUCAUCAAGGCAAGAAAGUGGCUUGUUGGUAGCUUUAGCUGAGUAAACUACAAUCUUGUGUGUUUUUAGGAAAUGGCUGGACAAGUAUUUCAUCCUUCCAAUGAUUUCUAUGACGUUAAGAAUAUUGGCGUCGAUGCUCCAAGAGCGAGAAAGAGUUUUGUGUUCUGUUCAAGGAUUCCUCCUACCACUGGUCUGCCAAAUUGAAUGACAACAAUACUGUUUUCCAAGCUGAACUCACCGCACUUCAUGAAGCAGUAAAAUAUACAUCUCAGUUUUUAAACAACAAUACUUUUCAAUAACAUGUUGACAAUAGAGCUUGUAUCAUGGCAUCUUCAGAUCCAAAGAGCACAAACCAAACAGCAAGAGAAAUUUUUGGUGUCCUUUCAAAAACAACAGUAAAAGUUUCAUGGAUUAAAGCACAUGCGGGCAAUAUAGGCAAUGAAAAAGUAGAUCAACUGUCAAAGGACGCAGCGCGAAAUGGGCAAUUUUAUAUACAAACAUUCUUAAAACACAUAUAAAAGCCCUCGUCUUGAUCUACUAUAUCAUAAAAAUAAAUGAACACAGAAUAAAUGUAUAUUUUUACACCUUUUAUCUCUCAGCAUUAUAUUUCUAAAUUUAUUAUUGCAAAUUCUAUUUCUAAGUUGAAAAAUUUUGUAAACGGUUUCAUCUUAAUAUAAUUCUGUAAUAGUUAGAAAUAGUUAUUUUUGUUUUUCUACUGUAAAUAUUUUGCUUAAAUAAAAUUCCUGUAACAUGCCCACCAAACCGUUCAGUGACCAGAAUAGUCACGGAUACGGGGUGGAUUGGGGUGAGACGGCGUUCUAUUCUGUAUGUGGAAUUGAAGCAUCCAAUUCAAGAGAGAUUCAAAAAAAUAAGCAUGAACUUAUUAUCAAAUUAGAAAUUAAUAAUAAUGGAAAUAGAAAAUUGAAGUUGAUUAUUGAUUUAGAAUUCUUUUUAUUUUAAACUAGAGUCAUUUUGAGUGAUCGUCCCGAAACUUUCUCGCAUACUUUCUAAUAAAAAGGUUGUACCCCUCUUCCUGCAUCAAAUUGUGGGCAAAGCUCUGAAUGCCCGAAAUGCUGAAGUCAUUAUUUUCAGAACCCCGCACAUUGGCUGCUUCUUAGAACAUUAAGCAAAAAGGGUAUUUAAUUAACAAAAAGAGUACUUUAUUUACUGCAUGCCACUGACUAACAAUAGCUAAGAAAAAGUUUAUUAUUAUCUUUAGUGAUGAAUCGCUGGUAGUUAAUACACAACAAUUAGAAAACCGAACAUGUAUUUUAGACUCCAGUUUCCGACUGAAACUAAAAUAAGUCACAGAAGUGCCAUUUUAGUCUCAAGAUUCCAUGCCAAAUUUCAUUCAUUGAAGGAAUAUCACUUUUGAGCUACCGCGUUUAAAUACAUGCGAAAAUACAGACCGUCAGAAGGUCAACCCCUGUUCGAAAUUGAUUCAAAAUACUAUACAGAUCUACAUUUUCGAUAUUUAAUUUCUGCACCAAAUUUUAUUCUUCUAGCUCUUUCCAUUUUGUAAUUAUCGUAUUCACUUGUUCCCGGACACUUGGGCAAACAGACUUCCUCUGAAUGGAUUUUGUUUGAAAUUUGAUAGAAAUUUACAAAUUUGUUGCGAAGUUCGUAUAUCAGAUUUCAUCAAUCUAGCUCAAAGCGUUUUUAUCGCGUACACAGACAGACAUACAUAAUUCCAAAAGUGCAUUUCAUCGGACUCAAGGAAGUUUGAAAAUUGUAGAUUGGUCAAACUCUCGAAUGCUUAUACAUGCGCUUUGGAUCCUUCAUAUAUGAGAAAACAAACAAACAAAACAAAAAUCUAUUGAUUUAUUUAAAGGAAUCUUGUUUCUCAAGAUGAACCACUCGUUUCUCGUACUGUGGGCUACUACUUUCUUUACUCACUGAUUAAGUAAAAGCAUUUUUUGAUUCUCAAAUUUAAAUUCGUACAUAACGCAUGCAAACACGUACAAGCAUAAUUUUCUCUUUCUCAACCAAGUAUCAGUUUCCGCCCCCUUUUUUUUUCUUUCAAAUAUGAGCAUCAAAUGCAUCAUUUCUUUUUCACCUUUUUUUUUCUUGACAUUUAAUAUAAAACCAUGUAGUCUCGGUUUUUGAUCGCUAUAAGAAAAAUCUGAUGCUUUGGAUGUGUUCAUAAUGUAUUUUUUUUAAUUUUGUCUUGUUCUUCUUUCAAUUUAUAAGAUGUCUUAUUGAUUAUAAAUGCUUUUUGGGCUUGAUAAAUGACGGCCCAUUUGAUGUAAACAGUAAAGUUUUGGCAACUGUUCUUUGCCUGAUCCGAGUAGCCUUUGGACAACAUCACCAAAAAUUUUCCUAAAAUUACCUACAAUUUAUUUUAGUAAAUUGUUGUCACAUAAGCUUCUAUCUGGGGCUAUAAUAAUAAAUUUUGCUACUUGUUCUAAAACCGCAAAAGGAUGAUCAGCUUUUUGUUAAAAUAUUUAAUUGUGAUAUUAAAAUACAAAUGCUCGUUCUGUAGCUACAACCAUGCUGGAUUUUCUCUAUAAAAGGAUUCAAUAAACUGCAUUUACAUUUUGUAACAUGAGUUCCUAUUUUACUUCCCAAAUAUUCAUUAGAAUUUGAGUCAUGACACCAAUCAAAAAAAAAAAAAUGAUGGAUAGAAUACGGCAAAUUUCCUCUAAUUUUACCUUUAAUGGCUUCAAUUGUAUAUAGAAUUUCAUACAUUUUUCCAUCGUAUUUGUAAAAGUUGAAAAAAUGUGUGGGUCAACUGAAAAAUUUCCAAAUGACACUGUUGGUGCCAAUAAGUCGGCAGAACGCUCCACCUACUAAUUUUGUAGCGCCAAGUGGUGAAAUGAUAUAACCUUUUGAGUGUGUGUGUGAAUAACACAGAGAGAGUGUGUUGUGAGUGAAGACAAUAAAGCAAUGGGGAUACAGUCCAAGAGUUUGUGUUUCAUUUAUAUGUGAUUGAGUUUUAUAAAAACUGAGCUAUCGUGGGCCUAAACAUGGUCCAGUUCGUCGAAGACGACUAUGCAUCUAUUGUAUAGUGAUUCAUUAUUUGAAAUGUGGGAUUUAUUAGUGGAGAUAUUGUCGAUGAUGACGAACUUGGUGCGAAUAUACCAAGAAUGAGAACUCUUGUGGAUAACUGGUCUCGAGUGACAGCAGUCCCAGCAAAGAGGUAUGGGCAAUAUUAUCCUUGUGAGUUAUUAACUAAUUAAUUGCCCAAGAUGAAGUUAAUUUUGUUUUUGUUGAGUUAUAAUUAAUUUCCUGAGAUGAAGUUAAUUUUGUUUUGAUGAGUUAUAAUUAAUUUCCCGAGAUGAAAUUAAUUUUGUUUUUGAUGAGUUAUAAUUAAUUUCCCGAGAUGAAGUUAGUUUUGUUUUUGAUGAAUUCUAAUUAAUUUCCCGAAACGAAGUUAAUUUUGUUUUAAUGAGUUUAGUAUAAAAUUGGGAUAAUAUUAUUCUCGUUAAUUAUUUUGAAUUAUAUAUUUAAAAUGGCGGGUUUAGCAAAAUUAAAGAAAUAUGAAUUAAAACUUGUUGCUGAGGAGAUAGGUUUGGUUGUUGCGGAAGGCAUGAAAAAGAGUGAAAUAAAGCGUUUAAUUGAGGAGAGUGAUGUGUUCAAAAAUGACAACGAAGUUGUUAAAGAUGCUGUAGAUCGAGUAAUAGGGAAUAGAAACCAAAAAUCCGAUCAGGACAGUGAAAUAGAACUAGAGCGUCUUAGAUUAGAGAGAACUAAAAUAGAAUUACAAUUAGCGCAAUUAAGAGCUAAUGAAAACAGUACUCAGACUUCCGUUAAUGUAGAGUGUAAAACCGAACCAAAAAAGUCGCUGGAUAGCUUAUUAAAGUCAGAAUAUUGUGUAUUAAACCACCGAGCAAAGCUCAGGAUUGGGGUUUCUUUUUUUACUUCGUUAGAGAGAGCACUUGGUACUAAAAAGGUUCCUGAGAAGUUUAAAGCAGAGAUUUUAUUAAAUUUAUUAGGAGAAAGAGCUUCUAAUAUCCUAACUUAUAUUGCUGAGAAAGUUUUAAAUAAUUAUGAAGAAAAUAAAUCAAUUGUACUAAGAGAAUUCGAGCCAACAGCGCAAGCGGUUUUAGAGAAUUUUAGAAAUGCUUCUAGACAUAAUGAAACUCGUGUGCAAUUCGCGUCACGCUUAAUGACGAGUUUUGAAUAUUAUUUAAAAUUAAGGGGUGUUACAGAUUUCGAGACCCUAAAACAAUUGAUAGUUUCGGAUAAAUUAUUCCAAACGCUGGACAAAGAAACACCAACUUGUAUUAAUAUUAGACAAAAUCAGCAGUGGUUUAAACCUCUCGAGUUAGGAAAAGAAUGUGAUCUUUAUUUUGCUUCCAAAGGCAAAACCAUUAAUGAGACGAGAAGAGAGCAAAAUUAUAGCAAUAAAUUUAAGCCGGCAUCAAAAGUAUUUUUUAAUGAAAUGAAAAAUAGAAAUUGCGAUUUAUGUCUAAAGAGCGAGAAUCAUCCUUUGUAUGCUUGUCCUCAAUUUAAGAUACUUUCGGUUCUUGAACGCGUAGAGGUAGUGCAAAAUAAAAACGCCUGCUUCAAAUGUUUAUCGCUUAAUUGCAGUGUUAAAAAGUGUUCGUAUAGAAAUUGUUUCUGUGGCAAAGCUCACAAUAAAUUAAUACACUUUUCGAGAGAAACAAAAAAUGUUUCGUCUUCGAAUGUAAAAACCGCUGAAGUCAGGGAAAAUUUCGGAUCAAGGUUCGGUUUCCCCCAGUGA